AUGGCAGGUGUAAACAUCUGUAUAAAAUGUUCUAUGUUUAUCUUCAACUUUGUGUUCUGGCUAUGUGGUGCCAUUAUCCUUUCCGUAGCUAUUUCAAUACGAGCAGGGAAAAUUGGUCAAGAGAUUCUCACUCCUGGGGAUGCUAACCUAAGCCCUUUUAUUGCUGUGAAUAUAUUAAUUUUUGUGGGUGCUGUCAUCAUGAUUCUGGGUUUCCUGGGAUGCUGUGGUGCCAUGAAAGAAAACCAGUUCAUGAUGAUUUUGUUUUUCAUAGGACUGCUUAUGAUCCUACUCCUGCAGGUGGCGGCAGGUAUCCUAGCAACUGCUAGGAAAUCUAAGACUGAACAAGCUCUGAAUAAGACUCUCCUGAUGAAUGCACGUCUUUUGAGUUCAACAAAUGAAAAUGAAAGAGUAUUCCAGAAAGCCUUUUCUGAACUUCAAGAAGAGUUAAAAUGUUGUGGUUUGGUCAAUGGAGCUUCUGAUUGGGGAAGUAAUUUUCAGCACUACUACAAGACAUGUGAAUGUCCAAGGGAAUCAGAUUCUUGUAUAAAGUAUAGUGGAAAAACUAUUUACAAACAGUCAUGCUUUGCCUCGAUAAGCCACAUGUUUUCAAAACGCCUUUUCAUAGUUAUGGCACUAGCAUUUGGACUGGCGGCUAUUGAGGUACUUGGUCUGAUAUUUUCUAUUGUCCUGUACUGCCAAAUGAGAAAGAAAUAA